AUGCGGGGGGGGGUCGACUCCUUCGACCUCAGCCCGGACGAGCGCCGGGGGCUCUUGGAGGAUAUCGUGGAGCGGCUCAUCAAACCCCGGUUCGACAUCGCCAGCCACUAUGAGCCGGAGAAACGCAUUUCCGAGGCGGAGAAGGACAAUCGUCGCGCGGAGUUCACGCGUUUUCAAGAUCAGGUCGAGGCGAUCGCGUACGAUACGGUGAUCGACGGCGCGAAUGUCGGCUAUCACGGCUUGGGCGGGUGGUACGCCGAGGCCAAGGCGGCGCUUCUGCGGCGCCAGGGGAAGGAGCCGAACGACGUCCCGCUUUCGAAGCGGCGCUGCCCGCCCACCCCGGUGGACGUCGCGCCGAAGUUUCAACUCAUCGAGGACCUCCGUCAGGUGCUUUUGGCGCAAGGACGGAAGCCGCUGAUCGUGCUGCACAAGCGGCAUUUGCCCGAGCUCGAGGAGUCCAGCGCGGCGAUUUACACAACCUGGACGGCGCAGCGGGCGAUUCUGGCAAGCCCGGGCUUUCUAAAUGAUGAUUAUUGUUGGCUUUAUAUCGCCGUUCGCCAUCCCAACUGCUUUAUCGUCUCCAACGAUCAGAUGCGGGAUCACCACUUUAGCAUUCUCCGCCCGCGGUACUUUCUGCGCUGGCGGCAGCGGUAUCGGAUCACCUACUCCGUCUUUUUCGACCCUUCGACGGCCCAGACCUCGUUGGAGAUUCACACCCCGAGGCCCUAUUCCAUCUGGGUGCAGUCGGUCCCCCCCCAAAAUCCGAGCGAAACGGAAGAACAUAAGACAAGUCAUUGGCAUAUCCCUUUUAUUGCCUCCAUUCCUAUUUUAAAUCAGGCGACGAACCGUAUGACAUCGGAUGGAACUGAGGUGGAGCUUCACAAGGACGGGGAUGAUCCGUGCACCGCAUGGUUGUGUACCUAUUCGGAUGCGUGA